AUGGAUGAAUAUAUUGGCACACAGCUAUUAUUUGAGACAUCGAAAGGGAUUGUGAGUGGAAUAUUGAAGACUGUGGAUGAGGAUACAGGAAAGCUAGUGGUUGAUGGAGGAGGAGAUGUGAGGGAGGUUUUUAUUGAGGAUGUUCUAAAGCUUGAGAUUGUUAAAGAAGGACACUAUAAGCCAAGGAGAGAUAGCAAGACGGAGGAUAAACGUGGAAUGGAGGAUGUGUUUCUAGCACUGCCUGAACAAGUAGCGGUGGCCAGCAGAAGUGUUUCUGAAUCAUGCAGUGUGAGCCGAGGAGGAUCUGACGUGGAUUCAGAAAGAGAGCAAGGGAUUAAGAGUCUACACAAGAAGGCUGAAGAUGGAUGCAUAGAGAAUGAAGAUAACUGUAGUGCCUCAGAAAAGAUUGGAAUAAAUGGAAAGGAUGGAAGAUAUGCGCCAGAAACAACAGAAAGCAUCUAUUACGGAAUGAUGAGCCGAGCAUUUUCACACUUUGGGCCACUUGAAGAAGAGUUCUCGUCAAUUGCAGCAAGACAGGCAUAUCGUGUGUUUUCGACAUACUUCGGAAGUUCUACUGAGAAGGUUGAAAUAUUUAUUGCAGGAGAUGAUGUUUUUUCAUGUGUAGGAUACAUUCUUGCAAGACUACUGCUACAUUCUGGAAAGAAGCCUUUAGUUAUUUGUAACCAGCAAUAUAUAAGAAAUUCGAAAUACAGACAGUCAUAUAUAAACUCUGGAGGAGCCAUAUGCACAUCCUCUCAGGAUCAGGCAUGCGUAUAUGUAUUUGCAUGUAAUAAAGCAUUGAUACAUGUACAGGAGUAUAACAAUAAGGAUGCAAAAGGAUUUAUCUACUUAGAUGUUCCAGAUACCUCAACCAAAGAAGGAGGCGUAAAAAUCGGGCUGUGUUUUGGCUCCAUUCCUGCAUAUUACAAACGAUUCAAUGGCAUCAUAUACUUCAUUGAUAUUGAAUAUCCAACUGCUCUUUACAAUGAGUUUGGAAUGGAAAGGCCAGUAAGGAGUAAAAUACACAAGAUAAAAUAA